AUGGCUUUCCAAUCCCCACUGAUCUCCAUCCCUCGAAAAACAACUCAAGACGUAGAUUGGGCAGGACCGAUCCGAUCCAUCAUUGCUCACUCAUACGGCGAGGACCCAAAUACGUACGGAGAAGAGUGUUCUGUGCUUCAAAGAUGUAGACAAGAUGCUGUAAGGGGUGCGGGAAGUGAUCAGACCGCGAGGGAUCUCCUGUAUAAGUACUUUGGCCAACUUGAACUUCUGGAACUGAGAUUCGCAGAGAUCAAAGUACCUUUCAUAUGGAAUGAUGCUUUCACGGAUAAACCAACCACUCAGACUUCUCUCGCCUUUGAGAAAGCCUCCAUCAUCCAUCUCAUCUCUUCAGUACUCUCUUCACUAGCUCAAGCACCAUCACGGUCUGAUCCCGAAGGACUCAAAAGGGCAUAUUACAACACUCGAGCUUCAGCUGGAAUGUUAACUUAUAUCAAUGAGAAUUUCUUACAUGCUCCUUCAAUAGAUCUUAGUAGAGAUGUCGUUCAUCUUUGCAUAGGAAUAAUGUCUGCUCAAUCAACAGAAAUAUUUACUGGAAAAUUAGUUGACGAAAAGAAAUCAGCUGCUUUGAUCAGUAGAUCAGCAAAUUCAACAGCGGCAAUGUAUAAUACGGCAGUUGAAGAAAUGAAAGAAUUUCAAGGUAAAGGCGUAUUUGAUAGAAAUUGGUUAUAUAUCUUACAAAUCAAAUCGAAAUUAUUUGGUUCUUUAACACAAUAUUAUCGUGGUAUAGCAGAUAGUUCUUCAGGUAAACAUGGAACCGCGUUAGUGAGAUUUAAAUUAGCAGAUACAAUGGCACAAGAUGCUUCAAGACAAUCACAAACUUUUAACUAUGCUUUUGUUUCAACUUCAACACCAACUCUACCACAUGAUGCCGCGACAAGUUUGCUGGAAAUCACUAAAGCUCAUAUGACAGUUUGUGCUGAAGCAAAAGAACAAGCUGUCAAAGAUAAUGAUCUAAUUUAUCAUGAAGUUCUACCCUCAGAAGCUUCUUUACCUCAAAUUGAGAAGUUACCCCCUUCACCACCAAUAACAAUUCAGGAAGUUUAUGGUAAUCCAGAUGUAACAAAAUUGAUUGGACCAGACAUUUUCUUGCGUUUAAUACCUCUAGCAGUACAUGAAUCAGCUUCUGUUUAUUCGGAAGAAAAAGCAAAAGUAGUACGGAGUGAAGUUGAAAGAGUAGAAUUGUCAGAAGGUGAACUGAGAGCUGGAUUAGAACAUCUUGGCUUACCUGGUCUGGUCUCUCAGUGGGAUAAAUUGGCGGAUGAUGAUCAAGUGGAUGGUGAAGGCGACGUAGAGAUUAGUGGCCAGGUUAGAAGAUUAGCUGAAGAUAUAAGUCGAGGUGGUUCAGUGGAGAACUCAUUAAGACAACUUGACAGUGAGAGAGAAACGUGCGAAAGGGAAUUUAGAGAGCUGAGCGCUUUACUGGAUAAUGAAAGUAGAGAAUGCGAGAGGAUGAGGGCAAAAUAUACCCCUCAAUUCACUCAACCUCCCUCAGGUCCUCAGACAGCGAACUUGCGAUCAAAUAUAGCUUCCAACCUUUCUGCCUUAUCUUCAGCUGGUCAAUCCGACUCUCAUUUACAUACAAUAUGGAGAGAUAUCCAACCUCGUCUGACCUUGUUGUCGUCAGGUGAGAGCGGACUAGAACGUGCAGCAGCCCAAGCAGCUUCCGGGAAAAAAUCGGCUCCUGUCAAUCAAGGUAUCAGUCUUCUCGAUCUUCAAGAAGAUGAGGGAACUAAGAAAGGCUUGGGCGAUCAAGAAAAAGAGGAAUUGAAAAAAGCCGCGGCUGAUGCAGGAGAGAGGUUGGAUAGAUUAGGCAAAAUCAGAAGAGAAAGAGAUGAGGUCCUGAAAGAUCUGAAAGAAAAGAUUCAAAAUGACGAUGUCUCCAAUUUACUUUUACUAAACAGACGAUCUUCGGGUGUCGAACCUCAACUAUUUGCCGCUGAGCUAGAGAAGUUCCGUCCCUAUCAAUCUCGACUUGCAGCAGCUGUGCAAGCUUCUACGUCGAUCUUACAAGAACUUGAAAUGCUUGUGAGACAAGUCGAAAAGGGAAAAGGAGUAAAAGAGCUUCAAAAAGGAAACAAAGAUCGCUCAAAACGGAUUAGAGAAUGGGAAAGGAAACUGAUUGAAGCAGGAGAAGGUUGGGCUGAAAUUCAAGCUGGUUUAGGAAAAGGUUUGACCUACUAUGACUCCCUUGCAAGAGUGUUGGAUGAUCUUAAAAGAGAAGUCAAUGGAUUCGUGAGGAAUAGGGAAAAUGAAAGGAAUAGAUCGGUCGGUGAGAUUGAGACUAGACAAAGAAUAGGUUCACCUCCAAUUCAAUCCAACUCAAAACCAUCAACAGGAACUAGGAGUUUAGAAGAACGUUUAGCUUCUUUAUCAGUGGAUAGAUCAACUUCCGCAUAUUCACCUGCACCUUCAUUCCCGCCUCCACCACGACACGCCCCAACACCAUCUUUCCCGCCUCCCCCACCGUCGAAGCCGACCAACCCAUAUGACUUCGGUAGUUUAUCAAACAUCCCUUCGCCAUUCUCGACGUCUUCACCUGCUCAUCAAGCUCCACCGCCACCUCAAGCCCAGGGCGCCUAUGGAUCUUCAUCGUACUCGUAUGCUUCACCCGCAGCGCAACAGUCUAAUCCAUAUCCACCCCCACCUCAACAGCAGACCAACCCUUACCCACCUCCACCAACUCAACCUCCCAGACCGGCAACUCAAUCUUAUGGUUCCUAUGGAUCAUCUUCCCAAUCUUCAUAUGGAACGCCCAAUCAAAGCUACCCAGCUCCACCUCCUCAAUCUCAGUAUACAUCUCCACCACCACCUACUCAGCCUUCCUAUUCUCAGCACAACUACUCUCAACCUCCACCCCAACCCUCAUAUCCCUCUCAACCAUCCUAUCCUGCUCCACCUAAACAGACUCAUUCGCAACAAGGUUAUUAUCCGUCACCUCCUCAAGAUCAAGGUUACUCUUCACCUCCACCACCUCCUCAACAAUAUCCUAAUUACGCUCCACCUACUGGACAAGGCUAUCAAUCAUCUCUUUCACAGCAGCAGAAUGGUCAAGGGUACGGUCACCAGCAAGCAGGCUAUCAGCAACAGCAACAAGGAGGAUAUCAAUAUAGAUAA